AUGAACACUCUCUUCUGCCUAAUAAACAACAAUAGGUGGUAAAUUUCUGUUACUCUAAUUUUGAAUAUUGUUUUGACUACCAGAAUGUUAUAAUUGUAUCCCGCCUCCCAUCUUUUAACCAUCUUAUGCUUUCAUUAUCAACGUAGGUCCUCUUUGACCCCUUUUUNUUUAUCUGAGGAAGAGAAUCAACUAUUAUAUAAGAUAUUAGAACAUCGAGACAAAUUUUAUAAACAUCUCUUAAACAAUAUAACAAAUGAAUUUAUUGCUUAGAUGCUUUUUGAUAAUUCAAUGAGUAUAAAUGAUAAGGUUAGUCUAUUAUAUAAAAUAGACAAUGUAAAUUUGGAAAGAAUUUAAGAUAUACCUGAAGAACUAAUGAGUCAAAAGACAUAAGAUUAGAUUUAUAAGCUUGAUCGCUUUAAUAAUAAUAUAAAGGAGCAUGAUGAAAAUAAGGAUCCAACCAAAGUUGAUUUUAAAGAAUUUAAGAAAAAAUUCACAUUCAUUUGUGCAGCUUUUACAAAUGAAGCCUCUAUCCAUCAUGAACUCUAAGAAUUUUUAACUUAUAAGUGGAAGUAAAUAGAUUAAUUCUAUAAAAUCCCCUUAAGCAUACCCAAUAUAUUAAUUACAAUACCUUGUGCUCUUAUUAUGGCGAUAUCUGCUGGGAGUGAAUUAUUUAAAAAAAGUUUAUUUGUAUAAAAGAUGGAAAAAGAGAAAUAAGAGAAGCUUAUUUAAGCCUAGAUUCAGCAAAAGUAUUUUAAAGAAUUUGAGAAAAAAAAUAGAUGA